AUGCAACACAUGAACCAAAGCCAUCAGAACCCAAGCUUCUUCCUGCUAAUGGGGAUUCCGGGCCUAGAGGCAUCCCACUUCUGGAUUGCAUUUACUUUCUGCUCCAUGUAUGCCCUGGCGGUUCUUGGCAACAUAGCCGUCCUGCUGGUGGUGCGCUCUGAGCCUGCACUGCACCAGCCCAUGUACCUAUUCCUGUGCAUGCUGUCCACUAUUGACCUGGUGUUCUGCACCUCCACUGUCCCCAAGUUCCUUGCACUCUUUUGGGCAAAUGCAGCUGAGAUUGCCUGUGCUGCACAGAUGUUCUUUAGCCAUGGAUUCUCAGCUAUAGACGCUGGGAUCUUUCUUGCCAUGGCUUUUGACCGCUAUGUGGCCAUCUGUGACCCACUACACCAUACAUCAGUACUUACCCAUGCAGUGGUGGGACGCUUGGGGCUGGCUGCACUUCUCCGAGGAGUAUUCUACAUUGGACCUCUUCCACUCCUAAUUCGCCUGAGGCUGCCCCUUUAUCGGACCCAAAUCAUUGCCCACUCCUACUGCGAGCACAUGGCUGUGGUCACUUUGGCAUGUGGUGACACAAGGGUCAAUAAUUUAUAUGGAAUGGGAAUUGGUUUCCUGGUAUUAAUCCUAGACUCCAUAGCUAUAACUGCAUCUUACGUGAUGAUUUUCAGGGCUGUGUUGGGAUUGUCCACCUCUGACGCCAGGCUGAAAACUUUAGGGACAUGUGGUUCUCACAUUUGUGCCAUCCUUGUCUUCUAUAUUCCUAUUGCUGUUUCAUCUCUCACCCAUCGCUUUGGUCACCAUGUGCCUCCCCAUAUCCAUAUUCUUUUGGCCAACUUUUAUCUCCUCAUCCCGCCCAUCCUCAACCCAAUUGUCUAUGCUGUGCGCACCAAGCAGAUCCGAGAGAGACUUUUGCAUAUUAUUAAGUCUGGAACUCAACACAGGGACAAGUAA